GGAGAUGGCGAGAGAAGUUUGUCUGCGGCGCAGGUCCACUGAACACUCACCGCGUUUCGUUUGGCGAACAGCAACCGAGAGAGCCUGCGCAGACGCUUCCCAGACGACGCUGGGGGGAAUAAUCUGAGAGCUCCAAAAACUAAAAGAACCGACAACAACAAACUAACAAACAAACCCACCAACAACAGCCCACAGCUUAGUUUGUUUGUCUUUUUUAUUUUCAUUUCUUUUCCUUUUUAAAUUAAAAGAAAAACCUCAUCUGUAGUCAUCAUCGAUGCCGCCGAACUAGCGGGAAUUAAAGCUCGGGCCAGGCGGACAGGACAGCGGCCGCGCGCGGACCUCGGGUUUCGCCCCGGCGGAAGGGAGCGACCCUCAUCCUGGAGAGGCAGAGCCGAGCCCAGCAGAAGCGCAAGGCGACAGACGCGGGCGAGGAGGACGGUCCGAGCGACGGGGGCAGGAUGAACAGCAGCAAGGUCGAGAAGGAGAACGAGCCCACCGAGUUCGCCGGCCACGAGGAGGAGGUCCGAACGCUGUUUGUCAGUGGCCUGCCGCUGGAUAUCAAGCCGCGGGAGCUCUAUCUGCUGUUCAGACCAUUUAAGGGCUAUGAAGGCUCCCUGAUCAAACUCACCUCUAAACAGCCGGUGGGGUUUGUCAGCUUUGACAGUCGAUCAGAGGCGGAGGCUGCUAAGAAUGCCUUGAACGGGGUCCGAUUUGAUCCAGAAAUCCCCCAGACCCUGCGUCUGGAGUUCGCCAAGGCCAACACCAAGAUGGCCAAGAACAAGCUGGUUGGCACUCCCAACCCCCCUCCCUCCCAGCAGAGCCCCGGCCCACAGUUCAUAAGCAGAGACCCAUAUUCGCUGGCUCCCACCUGCAGACGGAACUCCUCAGGGAUGGAAGUCCAGGCAGUUCUGCUGAAGUAUGUGCAGCAGCAGCCUCAUGGGCCUCAGGACAUACUAGAACCCAGCCUCCAUCACACAUCGAGUCCCCACCACCACCAUGCCCAAAGUCCCUCCAACUCUUUUUUUUUUAUACUGUUACAUACUCAAGAUUAACUGGCAGUGCUUUGGCCGCACCUCCAUUAAAGGGUACCGGGCAUGUACGACAAAGGGCGCACGUCGAUGACACGGAUUGCGCAUCAGUCGCGUCGCCCAGCGCGAGUGACUCGCAAUCCGCCUCUAAGUCCGCCUCGACAAUGGCCGUUUCAAAAAUGAAAGCGCAUCGGUGUUGAUGUGGCCUAACAUGAGCAGGUCUCUUGCUUUGCAUGCUGUACUGUAGAUGCAGGUGUAAAGACAGCCCACCAAAGGAGUGCAAAUACAUUUCACGCAGUCACUUUGCAAGGCCAAAAUGUGUGGAUGUGCAGCUCAAGCACUGCUAUAAUGUUAUCAUAUUACUAUAAUUAUUACUAUUCUGUAUAUCAUUCAUAUUAAUGUUAUUAUGAUUAUUAAAUACAUGUUGAAGCAUGACUUUGCAAAAAAGGAAGAAAAAAAAACAAUGCUGUACAUUUUUAGAUAUUUUAAAGAAAUACAAAAAGGUAUUUUUGUAAUCCAGACGAUGUUUGAAAUGGUUCCGUUUGAUUGGUAUGUGUUGUGCUUUUUUGCCCUCCGUCUUUUGUGCCAUUAUAAAAUGCUAUGUCACCCUGCUAUACCAAAGCAGUCCUGUCGGUUUGCUUCUGUCUUUUCUACAUGCUGCGUGGACUCAGUUUUGCCCGUCUGUGUCUUUACCCAAGGAAGCAGACAUAUGAGUCCUUUUGUCUGAUGUGCUUCGGUUUCCCGACCGAGCAGUCGGCGUCAACACUGGGCGACAACAGCACCCCUGAUCCAGCUCAUAAUUUUGCAGUUUGGAGGUAAUCAGAUGUGUUUGACAGGCAUUGACAGGAAUAAGCCAUCGGUAGUGAAGGUAGCGUGACCCCAGCGACUGCAGAACAUGGCAAACUGAGUCCUGCUAUAAUUAGAAUAGGCCUCUUCAUUGUCUAGCAGCAGGACAGCAGCACAGUAUAGAGGGAUGAAAGACCAAAGGCUUCUUUUUUUUUUUACACUGGAGAGCUAUCUAGGCUAGUGGAGUUAUUCCAUUUUUGACUGCUUUGUAGUCCUCAAUCUGAUUUCUUAUGAAGUAUGACGUUAUUUUUGCUGCACGUCUCUUUUGGUGUCACUCCAAAGAGCAACUCUGAGUCUGAAAAGAUAUUCACUUUAAGCAAUUUGUCUCUCUUGUCUAUUUUUAGGGGAGCCAAUGUGAUUCAACCUGCUUUUGUAAAUUCUGAAUUUACAUACUAAUGAUUGGAGUGGGGGAGAAAAAACAAAAAUCUUUUGUAAUCUUCUGUAUUCUGGGCCUGCAAUAAUGUCUUUACUGUGUGACAUAUCAUCGAGUGAUGAUGUUCCUGUGACAUUUUGACGCCGAAAUUCUCAUCCUUGUCACAGUUGUACUAAAUCAAAUCGCGUGUCUAGUACCUUCGUGAUAAGGCCAAGUCACAUUUCCCAGUGAUGUGACAAUCAAAAAACUGAAACAAGAAAACAACAAUCUUCCCUGUGAUGUUGAAGCCCAGAUGUGAACAAUCAUGUUGGGCUGGUUGAAUCAUAUAGUCAGUGUUUGUAAUUAAUGAUAAUAAUAAUAUGCACGCAAAUCAUAUUGACUGAUUUUAAGCAGUUCAUUGCUUUUACAGACAUUUUUUAAGCCAAGUGUGGCGCCAAAUUUAUAAGUAUUUAUAAGGUGUGUGUGUGUGUGUGUGCGUGUGUUUUUUUUAUGGGUAUCAUGUUUUUUGAAGUUCAUAGAAGAUGCCCAUCAUAUAAUUCAUUGUAAGUAUUAUUGUAAGUUUAAUUGUAUAUUCAUUUUUGGUAGUUUCUCUUUUCUAGAGCUUCAUUUUGCAUUUGUAUCCGAAUGAUUGGAACAUGCUGUAUGUGAUAUAUGAAUACUGUUCUAUCUUCACUGUGAAAUCCAGAGAAAAACAUGCUCUUCGAACGAAUGGAUCUUUGUGUUUUGUCAGCAGUAAGGUACAGAAGUUCCUUGAAAUUAAUGAUAGUGAAUCCCUCCUUUUGGUAAUGAAAACUACUCCUCUCUCGUUUCGGUAUACCGUGUGCAUACCUGUGUGUUCUGUGCAUGUGCGUGCGCGUGUGUGUUCCCUUUCUUAAUGCAUACAGUACUGUUGAUACUCUAGCCGCUGUAAGGAGAAACUGUAUUUCAGUGAAUUGCAGAGGUGUGUUUUGUUUGAAACCAAAAAAAGAAAAAGGUGAUCAAAAUGAGAAGUUUUUAUGAAAAUGUUAAAUGAAGACAUUUCAGGCCGCGUGCCAUUAAAAAUUGACGUCA